AUGGGUAUUCCGAAAUUUUUUAGAUAUAUCUCAGAGAGAUGGCCCAUGAUUUUACAACUCAUUGAAGGGACUCAGAUUCCAGAAUUCGAUAACUUGUAUCUGGAUAUGAAUUCAAUUUUACACAAUUGUACGCAUGGUAACGACGAUGACGUAACCAAGCGGCUAACUGAAGAAGAAGUCUUUGCUAAGAUAUGUACGUAUAUCGACCAUCUUUUCCAAACUAUCAAGCCCAAUAAGAUUUUUUACAUGGCUAUUGAUGGUGUGGCCCCUCGUGCAAAAAUGAAUCAACAGAGAGCUCGUAGAUUCAGAACUGCCAUGGACGCAGAAAAGGCUAUGAAAAAGGCCAUUGAAAAUGGAGACGAAAUUCCUAAAGGUGAGCCAUUCGACUCCAACUCCAUUACACCGGGCACAGAAUUCAUGGCUAAAUUGACCAAGAACUUACAAUAUUUUAUUCAUGACAAAAUUUCCAACGAUUCUAAAUGGAGAGAGGUGCAAAUCAUAUUUUCCGGUCACGAAGUUCCAGGUGAAGGUGAACACAAAAUCAUGAACUUUAUAAGGCAUCUAAAAUCUCAGAAGGACUUCAAUCAGAAUACGAGACAUUGUAUUUACGGUCUUGAUGCGGAUUUGAUCAUGCUUGGUCUGUCCACUCACGGGCCUCACUUCGCGCUUUUGAGAGAAGAAGUCACAUUUGGUAGAAGAAAUAGCGAAAAGAAAUCCCUCGAGCAUCAGAACUUCUACUUAUUACAUCUUUCUUUAUUGAGAGAAUAUAUGGAACUGGAAUUCAAAGAAAUUGCUGAUGAAAUGCGAUUUGAAUAUGAUUUUGAACGUAUCUUGGACGAUUUUAUCCUCGUCAUGUUCGUCAUUGGUAACGAUUUCUUGCCCAAUUUGCCGGAUUUGCACUUAAAUAAAGGUGCUUUCCCUGUCUUGUUACAGACUUUCAAAGAAGCUCUGUUACAUACGGAUGGCUAUAUUAAUGAACAUGGUAAGAUAAAUUUGAAAAGGUUGGGAGUCUGGUUGGAUUAUCUAUCUCAGUUCGAGCUAUUAAAUUUCGAGAAGGAGGAUAUAGAUGUUGAGUGGUUCAACAAGCAACUAGAAAAUAUCUCUUUAGAUGGUGAAAGGAAAAGACAAAGGGUUGGUAAAAAAUUGUUGGUCAAGCAACAAAAGAAAUUAAUUGGAAGUAUAAAGCCAUGGUUGAUGGAACAACUACAAGGUAAAAUAUCACCAGACUUGCCAGAUGAAAAAAUUCCCACCCUAGAGUUACCUAGAGACUUGGACAUUAAAGACCAUUUAGAAUUUUUGAAAGAAUUUGCCUUUGAUUUGGGCCUCUUCAUAACGCAUUCCAAAUCCAAGAACACUUACUCUUUAAAAUUGGAUCUUGAUUCCAUCAACCCUGACGAAACAGAUGAAGAAUUUCAAAAUCGUGUUAAUUCUACUAGGAAAACAAUAAAGAAAUAUCAAAAUGCUAUUAUUGUGGAAGAUAAAGAGGAAUUGGAAACUGAAAAAACCAUCUACAAUGAAAGAUUCGAACAUUGGAAACAUGAAUAUUAUCGGGACAAAUUAAAAUAUGCGUCAGACUGUGAGGAAAGAGUUACAGAUCUUUCUAAGGACUACGUUGAAGGUUUGCAAUGGGUCUUGUAUUACUAUUAUAGAGGUUGUCCAUCUUGGUCUUGGUAUUACCCACACCAUUAUGCACCAAGAAUCUCCGAUUUAGUAAAAGGUUUGGAUCAAGACAUUGAAUUUGACUUGAGCAAGCCCUUUACGCCAUUCCAGCAACUAAUGGCUGUCCUACCAGAAAGAUCUAAAAAUCUUAUACCUCCAGCCUUCAGGCCAUUAAUGUACGAUGAACAAUCGCCAAUUCACGAUUUUUAUCCUGCUGAAGUCCAACUAGAUAAGAAUGGUAAAACGGCUGAUUGGGAAGCCGUUGUCUUGAUAUCAUUUGUGGACGAAAAAAGAUUGAUUGAGGCAAUGCAACCUUACUUGUCCAAACUGUCGCCUGAAGAAAAAACUAGGAAUCAAUUUGGUAAAGACUUGAUAUACUCGUUCAAUCCGCAAGUUGAUGUCAUUUACAAGAGUCCACUGGGUGGCAUUUUCUCUGAUAUAGAACACAACCAUUGUGUGGAGAAAGAGUACGUAACUGUCCCAUUGGAUAGUUCUGAUAUUCGUUAUGGUUUAUUGCCUAAUGCUAAACUCGGUGCUGAAAUGCUGGCUGGUUUUCCAACGUUACUGUCAUUACCUUUUACUAAUUCAUUGGAGUAUAAUGAAACCAUGGUAUUUCAACAGCCUUCCAGACAACAAUCGAUGGUUUUGCAAAUAACAGAUAUAUAUCAAAUGAAUAACGUUACUCUCGAAGACUUUUCCAAAAGGCAUUUGAAUAAAGUAAUCUAUACAAGAUGGCCAUGUUUGAGAGAGUCUAAGUUAGUUUCAUUGACAGAUGGUAAAACUAUCUAUGAAUAUCAAGAGUCAAAUGACAAGAAAAAAACCAGAUUUGUAUCUAAACCUACUGAUACUCAGGAUAAGAAACUUUUCAACAGUUUGAGAAAUUCAAUGCUUAGGAUGUACGCUAAACAGAAAGCUGUUAAAUUGGGACCAGUGGAAGCCAUUGCCACUGUUUUCCCUGUGACCGGUUUAGUGAGAGAUCAUGAAGGUGGUUACGUUAAGACUUUUAGUUCUACUCCAGAUUACUAUCCUUUGCAAUUAGUUGUUGAAUCUGUGGUCAACGAAGAUGAAAGAUAUAAGGAAAGAGGACCCAUUCCAAUUGAAGAGGAGUUUCCAUUGGACUCGAAAGUUAUUUUUUUGGGUGAUUAUGCCUAUGGUGGCGAAACCACCAUUGAUGGUUACAGUAGCGACCGUAGGCUAAAGAUUACGGUAGAAAAGAAGCUUCUUGAUAGUGAACCCACGAUUGGUAAGGAAAGGUUACAAAUGGACCACCAAGCUGUUCAGUAUUUCCCAUCUUAUAUCGUUUCCAAGAAUAUGCACUUACAUCCACUGUUUUUGUCCAAGAUUACAUCCAAGUUCAUGAUUACUGACGCUACUGGUAAACACAUUAAUGUUGGUAUUCCUGUUAAGUUUGAGGCUAGACAUCAAAAGGUUUUGGGUUACGCAAGAAGAAAUCCAAGAGGUUGGGAAUACUCAAAUUUAACCAUAAAUGUCUUGAAAGAGUACAGACAAACCUUCCCAGAAUUUUUCUACAGGUUGUCUAAGGUAGGUAAUGAUAUCCCAGUUUUGGAGGACCUUUUCCCCAAUAUUUCCACAAAAGAAGCUAUGAAUUCGCUAGACGGUGUCAAGCAAUGGCUAAAGUAUGUCUCUUCAAAGUUUAUUGCCGUGUCCUUGGAGUCUGAUUCUUUAACCAAAACAUCUAUUGCUGCUGUGGAAGAGCAUAUUAUGAAAUAUGCCGCUAACAUUGGAGGACAUGAAAGAAAACAGUUAGCAAAAGUUCCUCGCAAAGCUGUAUUGAAUCCAAGAUCAUCAUUCGCACUCUUACGUAGUCAAAAGUUUGAUUUGGGUGACCGUGUUGUCUACAUCCAAGACUCCGGUAAAGUUCCAAUUUUCUCAAAAGGUACCGUUGUCGGUUAUACCACUCUCAGUUCAUCCUUGUCCAUUCAGGUUUUGUUUGAUAAUGAAAUCGUGGCCGGAAAUGACUUUGGAGGUAGAUUACGCACGAACAGAGGAUUAGGUCUUGAUGCUUCUUUCUUACUGAACAUUACUAACAGGCAAUUCAUCUACCACUCGAAGGCUUCCAAGAAAGUUUUAGAUAAGAAAAAACAACCUUAUAAUAAAACCAAUAAUACUAAAGCUGCUCACAAGACCCAGCCAAAGCCACAAUCUGAAGAAAAGUUAAGAAAGGAGAGGGCACACGACUUAUUGAAUUAUAUUAAAAAGGAUACUAAUGAAAAGGAAGCCGAAAGUGAAAAGGAUAAGAAAAUGACAUCUCAGAAAAGUUUCAAACCUGCUAAGAAGACUUUAUUGAAAAGACCUACUCAGCAAAACAGUCCAAACAGUGAAAUCAAGCAAGUUGAUGUAAUCAGUUCUGAAAAAGCAUCACUUAAUGAUCCAACUGUCGCCGGUUCCAUUUUCAACGCGGUAGCAAAUCAGUAUUCCGAUGGUAUGGGCAAUCAUACAAAUAUCCCAAUUCCACCUCAUCCAAUGGCUAUGGUAGGAGGUCCUCUUUUAGGGGCGAAUGAUACUCCGGGUGUUGCUUUGCCGUACAAUAUUCCUCCAAAUUUUAUUGCCCAUCCCAAUGGUCCUCACCCACUGACCUCUCAACAGAUGCCUUAUCCCAAUAUGAAUGGAGUUCCUAUCCCACCACCACGUGGCUUUGGUCAGCCAAUUCCUUUUUCACACCCACAUCAUAUGGCUAAUCUUCCAGAUCAAGGAAGUCGCAUUGUCGUCAACGAAAAGGAAAGUCAAGAUUUGAAGAAAAUUAUUAAUGGCGCACACGAUAUCAAUGGUUUAAAUGCGGACAAAAUAUUCAAACGUAGCGAGCAAAAUGAGACAAAAACUACUUCUAGCGCCAUGGCUGCCGAGUUCCAAUCUCCAAAGCCAGGGAAUAAUGGUGCUGAACGUGAAAAAAAAUCUGAUUAA